AUGAAUGUGGCCUACAUCCAGAGAUCACAUGAAAACAUCCGAUGUAUGAAGUUCCAGUGUGAAGUAACAGAAAGACUCCUCGCGCCUCACUUCACUCGCAACGUGAGCAGAAACUAUACGAUGCCAACCGGAUGUGGAGCUGUGAAAUCAACCUGCUCUGAGUUGCCACAGUGGCCGAGUGAGGAGCUUGAGAAACGCUGGAUGCAAACAAAGCGGCAGAGCCGAGUCAAGGUACAGGAAACUUGGAGCCACAUCCGGUGGAGUUACCUCCACAGACAGGCUUGGAUUCCAGAUCCUUUAACUCCAGCACAAGUAGAUGAGAGUCCCAACAGCCAGUCAGCCGUCACUCAACCUGCCCAUAGCACUUGUCAGAAACUAAUUUCAUCACAGACAACUCCUGCAACAACUGACAGAUCCGACAGAACUGAUGAUCAACAAGUUGUCAGACACACUAUCUGUGUAGCCUUAAGGAACAGCCAGGGUUUGAAUCGAAAGAUGGGAAAGGAGAGCCGAGAGGAUGGACAGGCCAAGGCUCAAGAUGACCCCAAGCUAACUGGUUCCCAGCAGAGAUGCCACAAACUGGAGCCCAAUAAGUCGUUAACACAAGGCUGGGAGAGCUCCUUCACCUGUACCAGAGGAUCAAUCAGCACAGUUUCUACCACAGCAGCUCGCUCCAAACUCAACCUGCUGUGUUACCUCUGCUGUGUAGCUGGACACAAAGUUAUGCUAAGAGUGUCCGCAUUAUCUGACCUGUUGAGGGAUAAUCUUAAGAACAGUAAAGUAAAGCAUUUCCUGCUGCCACCACUUGGGGAGUUUCUCUACCUCAUCAUGUCUCAGGAAGAGAAGAGAGGCUCCCCAGAGGGACUGUGGUUCGUUCCCGCUGCUGCCUACACUGGCUUAAUGAGGAGCCUGCGGGAAGGGGAUGAUUUCAUAGUUCAUCACAUUGCUGCAAAAGCCAUUGAGAACCUCUCCACCGCUGAUUCUGGAUCCUCCCACCGCCUGUUCACCACAGAGAUGGGCUAUAUAUGAUAUAAGAAUGGGACAACACAAUCCAUGAAUGACAUCCGCUACCUGUGUGUGCAUACUCGUUUAUCUGUCUGACUGCGUUUCCAGUCUCUUUCCAGAAUAACCCGGUUGGUCCCAGCAGUCUUCUCAGCUGUGAUUGACACAUGUGGCCCUGCGGCCCUCUUGGAGGGGGUGUGUGGUGCAGGGGCCAUGGUCCAGCAGCACCUGCUCACUGCUGUGGCCACUGCCUUAGUCACCACACACAUCCAAAGACACCACGUCACCCAGACCAAGGAUCUGGUGAUGAAGGUGCUGCAUAUAGAGAUUCUAUCCACUGUAACAAGAGCCAAAGCAAUACUGCUACUGCUGCUGCUGAUCCAGGACAACUCAGACACUCUGCUUUACUGCUGUCACAUCACAGCAAACUCCCUGUUUGCCAAGGUCACAGGCGUCAUUCGAUCUCAGAUUGUGAAUGACGAGUUUCUGGCUCAAUUUGGAUUGCUUCUAAACUAUGUCACAUCUAUAGAGGACAAUGAAACCAACCUGGCUAAUGCCUUGGGUACAGUAAUAUGUGAUGAGUUGAUCAGGACAUGGCUUUCCAUCCUGAAAGUCCUGAGUCAGCACCAAGCUCUCAUCACUUCACAUCAUCGUGCUGUUGUGGAUGCCAUCCUGCCUCCUCUGACAACUCUGGCUUUCAGCAAAAAUGUGGAGUGCUCUGUAGUGGUUUUGAUGGUGCUGUCCGAACUCAGUCUCAUCCCGUUGGUCCACGGUGGUGAUAGAGGAGAGGAAGGAGGAAAUGAAGCGGAGGAAAUCAAUGAAGAAAACUCUUCCAGUCAAAUAGUAGCUCUCAUCACUGAAUCUCUGCUUCCAUGGUAUGAAUCUCUCCUUCAAGCUGCAGAGCAUGUCCCGCUCUACACACUCAAACUGCUGGUGUCAAUGACGAACUAUAUUAGGCAGACACAAAGGUUGAUCAAACGCAGUAGGGUCCUACCAACAGUUUUUCAGCUCAUUAAGGCCAAUAGAACUCAUGUUAACAGUGGGAUGGUCCAAAAUGCAGUUGCCUUGCUGUGUUACCUCACAGAAGAUUCAGGCUUAGACCUGGAGCCACUUCACCUGCAAGGCCUGAUAGAGUUGGUCGUCACUACCUUCUUGGAGGCUGCAGUGGUCUACCUGGACGAAGACAGGCAUGCCACAAGGAAGAUCGGCCAUCUUCUGGAACUGCUUCACAACAUAGUAAAACAAACAUUACAUCUCAUCCGCUCUGCAGUGAAGAGCCAGAGGCUAUCUUGUCCAGCAGUAGACAGGGAGGCAGCAGAGAUUCUGUUCCGAGCCAACAGACCCCUGAGUCAACUCAGCACACCCCUCAUUCACAUGGUGAGACCAACACUCAAAGAGCCGAGCGUGUGUGUGAGUGGUCAAGACUGCCUGUCACCUUCCUGCUUGCAAAGCUUCUCACACGUGCACAUGAUGACGCCCCAAAUACAGCGCACAACCCUUAGUAUCAUCAAACAGCUGUACAGGCCAAAGACGGCUGACUUCUACAGUCUACUGGAGUGA